CUCCGCCUUCUGAUUAAUUAUCAACGGUGGUAUACACGAGAUACGUUUCAGUUACAUGAAGGAAAUUGAAUUCCCAGAAAACCCCAUCAAGAAUGAGGCGCUGUUUCAAAAUUUUAAGGGGUAAGUUUGGAACUACAUCCCUACUUUGAAAAUCGCACAAAAUCCGAAAGGAAAUUCUGUUAGAAAAUGUGUUGAAAACAGUUUUCCCUCGCACCAAACACACCCUCUACAUUGCCACUAUAUAAUCUCUUUCUUCAACCUCUCUCUCUUCCAAGUUCUAACCGUAUUUCUCUUUCUACAUUUUCUCUCUCUCUCUGGGGAAGAAGCUCAACUCAGCUUGUGAAGUUGGAGCUUCUCUUCGUUUCUCAUCCUUUCUGUUACGAUCGAUUUUUCUUAGAAUUACUUCACCGAUCAAAAUGCAUGACAAGGACGUUUGUUCUCCCUCAUCUCAAAGAGGAUUCGGCGUCGACCUCAACACUGCCGGCCACAUGCAAAUGAACGCCGGCGCGUUCGCUUCUUUGUACUCCGCUCUGACUAAUAGUAAUGAGAAUCUUCCGUCACUCUCCGGAAAUUUCAACAACGGCGGGGGCGUUUCACUUUAUCCGUACUCUGAUUCUGAAACUGAGUACGACUCGUUCGUGAUACAGAAGCAUCAGGAUAUGGUGAAUCGUCACAGCAUGUGUCUCAGUCGCCUCAUGGAGGCUUCCAAUGAGGUUGAAACUCUGCAGCAAGAGAACGAAGAGCUCCGUGCCGUGAACAAAGAGUUGCAGAAGAAUCUGAACCUCCUAGUUCAGGCUUCGCUGGAGAAUCGAUUUGGCCGUGACGGCUCCUCCGUUCAGACACAGUCGAUUCCGUUUGAUGUAUUGCAUAGUGUCUGUGGCUUGAAUCUUGGAGAUGGUAAAGAAAACUGUGAUGGUGGUUGGAAUAACUAUAACAUCAAGAAUACUAAUAAUAGUAGCAAGGAGCUGCAGGAAGAUUCGGAUGAGAGUUCAACGAGUGUGAUAGAUAAUAACGAUGUUGAUGUUGAUGCGGAACGGUUCUCGCUGCCGAAGAGCAUAUCUGUGAGAUCCAAUGGCUACGUGAAGGUGGCUCAGCCUCCAGCCACCGUAACUAACAAUAACGCUGGCCGCAUCACCAAGGGCGCUACCCGCUCUCGUGCGUCUUCCACUCAACCAGAUCACGUUCAAAAGGUAUAUGUGCGAGGAGGAGGGCAGAAAGAGGAGGAGCCUCUUGAGAUGACUGUGUAUAAUCAGGGGAUGUUCAAGACUGAGCUGUGUAACAAAUGGCAGGAAACUGGCACAUGCCCGUAUACUGACCACUGCCAAUUCGCUCACGGUAUUGGGGAGCUUCGCCCGGUGAUCCGCCACCCACGCUACAAAACUGAGGUCUGUAGGAUGGUUUUUGCUGGGGUUGUCUGCCCGUAUGGCCAUAGAUGCCAUUUCCGUCAUGCACUUACUGAGCAAGAGAAAGCUAUAGCACAAUCCACGCCCAGAUCAAGGAAGAUGGAAAGAUAAAUAGUCUCAUGGAGGUGUUUGUUUGACUCAAAACGUAUACAUCAGUACAUAAUAUUCUUGAUUGUGUCAUUACAAAUUGAGGUCUAGAGCAUGGUUCUUGUGGAGAAUGUGGUCUGUCAUCAUGUCUCUCUUUUUUCUCCCCCCAUAAGUUUGACAUUUUGAUUUUUGAACUCUACAUACAUACGUUUAUAUUGAUCCCAACACAGCGAACAUAAGAGAAAGUACUCUGAAAAAAUACAUAUUUUUGGUAGUUUUGUAUGGAUGCAUCAUUUGAUAGUUUGCAAAUUAAGCAAUUUCUUAUUGUGCUUG